UUGGCUGUAGCUCUUGGGAAUUCUGUAUAUUUGUGGAAUGCUGGCACGGGCCUUAUAGAACAACUAUUGACUUUAGAAGGUUCAGAAACAGUAUGUUCAGUAUCAUGGGUUCAAGGGGGAGGAUCACACUUGGCGGUCGGCACUUCAUCUGCAACGGUAGAGAUGUGGGUUUGUGAGAAGAUUAAAAGACUGAGGACAAUGGAUGGUCACACAGGUCGUGUGGGUUCUUUGGCUUGGAACUUGUAUGUGGUGUCAAGCGGUGCUCGAGAUGGUAACAUUGUACACCACGACGUUAGACAAAGAGAUCAUGCUGUGGCAACCAUUAGUGCUCACACGCAGGAGAUUUGUGGUCUUAAAUGGUCACCAGAUGGCAAAUAUCUGGCCUCAGGUGGUAAUGACAACUUACUAAACAUCUGGCCCACAGCUCAGGGACAGCAUUAUACUCAACCACAAUACUUAUACUCAUUCAAUCAACACUUAGCCGCAGUGAAGGGUCUCGCUUGGUGUCCUUGGAGUUCCGGCAUCCUAGCGUCAGGUGGAGGAACUGCUGAUAGAACUAUACGGAUCUGGAAUGUCAAUACAGGAGCUAACUUAAACACCGUCGAUACCAAGUCUCAGGUGUGUUCUAUAGUAUGGAGUACGCACUACAAGGAGCUUGUGUCCGGUCACGGUUAUGCUCACAACCAGUUGGUUAUAUGGAAGUAUCCGACAUUAACACGUGUGGCCGAGCUGAGCGGACACGUGGCGCGUGUGUUACAUCUGGCGCUAUCACCGGACGGUACCACCGUGCUGUCCGCUGGCGCUGAUGAGACGCUAAGGCUUUGGAAAUGCUUCAUGCUGGAUCCGACGAAGAAGAAGGAAGCCACAGACUCUAAAGCAGCGAAAUCUCUUCUUAACAUGAAUGCACUGAUUAGAUGA